GGAGCACCCCCCACCCCAGGUCCGCCCCCGCCCCGCAGCGCACCGGCCCCGGUGGGGCGCGGUCCUGGCGCUCCGGCUCCGGUUUCUCCGGUACCUCCGGUACCGGGGCUAUGGCGAGGAGCAACCGGUUGCUGCUCCUCCUCCUCCUGGGGUUGUUCCCGGUUCUUUUGGAGGUGACCAACGCUUUUAACCUGGAUCGUUUGUUCCCGGUGCUGAAGGAAGGUGAAACCCCCAACGGGUUCUUCGGCUUCUCCGUAGCUCUGCACCGGCAAACAGAGAGGGGGGAGCGCAGCCUGCUGCUGGUGGGAGCCCCCAGGGACAAGGAGCCGGUGAAUGGCACCCGGACGGGCGCUGUCUAUGCCUGUCCCCUCACUGCUGCCACCAGAGACUGCCAGCGCCUGGACAUCGAGCUGAAGAGUGAGCCAGACAAAGCCAUCAUCGAUGACAUGUGGCUGGGGGUGACAGUGGCCAGCCAGCGGCAGCCAGCUGGGAGGGUCCUGGCCUGUGCCCACCGUUACACCAAGGUGCUGUGGUCGGGCAACGAGGACCAGCGGCGGAUGGUGGGGAAAUGCUACGUGAGGGGCAAUGAUCUCCACCUCAACCUGAGUGACGAGUGGCAGACCUACCACAACGAGAUGUGCAACUCCAACACUGACACUGAUGAGACUGGAAUGUGCCAGAUGGGCACCAGUGCUGGAUUCACCUCCAACAUCAUCUACUUCGGGGCACCCGGUGCCUAUAACUGGCAAGGUACUGACUACAUGCUGCAGCGGGAGAUGUGGGACCUGCACGACUUCUCCUACCCCAACAAGAAGAAGGGGAACAUCUACAUAGGGUACACGGUGGCAGUGGGCAGCGGGGUGCUGCAGCAGGAGGCCGUGACCGUGGUGAGCGGAGCCCCGCGGUACCGGCACACGGGGGCCGUGUUCCUGCUGAGCCGCAGCUCCCAGCAGAGCCUGACCCGGACCCAGCUCCUCCCCGGAACCCAGGUCGGGUCCUACUUCGGCAGCGCCCUGGCCCUGGCUGACCUCAACAACGAUGGGUGAGGGGACCC